AUGCACCAGGGGCGCGGCUGCGCUGGGAGCCUGCGGGGGCGGGGACUGGGACACGGGGACCGAGCAGCACUCACCUCUGCACCCUCGCCCUCAGCCAGUCCCACUCCGGAGUGCUCUGCGCGGCCACAGGCACGGGGCGCUGCACCGAGAGCAGGAUCCCGAGCCGCCUCUGGAUCGCGAUGCCUCUCGGAAGCCGGCACUGGAGCUUGUCCGACUUCCGAGGCUGGAGCCAAGGCAGGAGCCCGGCGCGCGUCCGCAUUCUCGGCCAUCCAGGGAAAUGCCCGGUCUGUGCUCGACAGUUCGGACGCGCCGUGGACCCGCUUCGUAUUCCAAGGGCCGUUUGGUCCCCGGGCCACUGUCCUGAGGGCUGGAAAGGCAGCGGGCAUCUGGUCACCAGCCGCCUACAUUGGCCGGCAACCCGGGGUGUCCGGCCCUGAGCGCGCUGCCUUUAUUCGGAAGCUGGAGGAAGUGCUGUUUCCUAACCUACCUCUGCCAGUCAAAAAGAUCACCCAGGAAGACAUCAAAGUGAUGUUGUAUUUGCUGGAGGAGGUGCGUACUGCCUUCCCAGGCUGCCAAGGACUCACUGAUGUGCCUGGCGAGACUUGCUGGAAGCAGGGGGUGCCCCAACUGCAAGACCUGCAGGAGAAGUACACGGACCGUGGGGGCAUGCUGACUGACACACAGGAGGAGGUGAAGACUCAGCAAUCCCCGGUGUCCACUGGGUCUGCCACCCACUGCCCAUACAGCGUGCCUGUGGAGACUCUUCCUGGUUUCCAGCAGACCCUGGCUGAGGAGCUCAGAACAUCUCUAAGGAGGGUGAUCUCAGAACCCAUACUCACCCCCAGAUGA